AUGGCAGCUGAUAUCCGCAUUAAAGGCGAAGGCAAGCCAAUUCCUCACAUCCUACAAAAGCCUAGAAAAAACCAGUUUGACGAAGUCCUUCUUGAAUCCGAACGACUCCUUACAGGCUCAAAUGCGAACGCUGAAAUUAAUCUACCUAACCCCGAUCUCACUGUAAAUCUCAAAUCUUUGUCAAGCCUGUAUUUAGAUGCCAAUAAAAAAUUCAUUGAGCUUAAAAAGAAACUUGAGCAGUUCUACUUGGACGCCAGACGUGAGCAUCCAAUUCUUCAUCCGAACCGCUCGCAUCAAUGAACAAAAUUACUGUACCAGUCCCUCCAUAAACUGCUGAAUGAGUGUGUUUUCACAAGUGCUAGGAAGCUACAAUUAGAAUGCCUUGACCGUGUAUAUGAUUGAUACUAUGAAAAAAUUGGAAAAGAAAAUAGCUUACAGGUAGAAGAAGAACAGCCGAACGGCGGCGUGAUUAGAGAGCCUAUAAGUGUUUUUGAGAUUGAAGACGAAGUAGAGCAGCUAGGAGACGCCCAGAAUUUUGAUAAAUUAUCACAUUAUAGUCGAAGGCAAAUAAAUUCAGCUAACAGCCAAAGGCCGAUAACUGCUAUAUCUACUUCUUCAAAAUGGCUUGAACAAAGGCCUCAAAGCACUUUUAGAGGUGCAGUCCAAGCUUUUGUAGGGGCUGGAGAGCCUAUAAAGCCUACAGAUGAUCCUGGCUUUGAAAGCACCUAUGUCACCUACAAGCCGCUUGGAGAAGACGCAGAAAAGUUAAUGGAAAAAAGAUUCCAGAACUUCAGAAACAAAGAAGUCGCUGAAAAAAGGCUCAGAGACGAGAUGAACCAAAAAGUCAAAAGAUGGGUCAGCGCACGAGCAAAACGAGCUGAAGAGCAAAGCAGGAGGACCGAAAGCUUCAGAUUCGCAUCAAAAUUCGAACAAAGAGCUUACUCUCCUGCUCGGCCAGCGACUUCUUCAUCUUUUAAUGUAGGAAAAGCAAGCUUGAUUGAUUUUACGAAGCAAAUUGACCCACAAAUAGACUUAGAAAGUGAGGACAGCAAACUUCCCCCACUGGUUGACGAGACUUUGCCGAUGCAUAAACUUGAUAAAGUAAAUACUUUAAGAAAGCUCCAUGGAGACCUUAUAGAUGCUAGGAAUGUUGAUGAAGGUAAAUUAAUCCAAGACCCAAGCGCAGUUACACUUACCGUGUAUCCUCAGUCUACUUCUAAAGGCUGAUACAAGCAAAGUGACACAAGUCGGCCAGUUACAGCUGGGACCACAUUUCCAGCCCCCAGAAGUAGCAGCUUAAGAGCUCUUGACAGGCCUAUAACAGCCCAGACAAGAGGCCAAAUUGAAGAGCUAUACGAAGUCAAGCGAAGAUUGGCAAGCCACAAUAUCCCUUGUUCUUUUGACGCAAUGAAAUAUGCUUUGUUGACACCUGACGACCUGCCGUCAGAGCAGCUGACUGUUUCAAGCUUGCCCAAGCCUGGAGCUGGGUUAUUGCUGAACCCGUUCAUCAAAAUAGGGAAGAAGAAAAAGAAGAAAAAAGGCAAGAAAAAGGGCAAAAAGUCGAAAAAGGCGUAA